AUGCUCGCCAAUCGGUGGCUUGCAUUUCUUGGUUUCCUGCUUUCAGUCAACACCUUGUCUGUCUGGGGUGUAUCUACACCAUCAACUAGCCGUUUUUCUUUUCUUUCCUCUCCUCUUCGACCAUCAGCAGUUCGUGUACUACCGAAAUAUGGUCGUUUUCUCUCCCAACUCAGCAGCGCUUCCAGUGCAGCUUCUCAUUCAGGUGUAUCGACACCUACGGAUAAGAAAGGAGAGGAGGCCAACCCUAGCACCGAUGCUCUCUUUAUGCAACUAAAGAAAUGGCUUGUAUUAAAUGGUGCAGAACUUGACGUAGAAGGAAUUGAAUUAAGAAGCCAAUCUAAUUCUGCUUAUGUACCUGUUAAGAACCAACCACCAGAAAAAUAUCUAACAGCUAUGCGUCCUUACUCUCGUGGCGAAGUUAUAGCAACAAUUCCUCCUCAUCUACAUUUUACUGCUGAUGUUCUUGAGGAUCUUCUUGCCCCUUUUACCACCACUAGCAACAGCAGCAGCAGCAACAGACGCAUGCAGGACAGUACACAAGAUGGUAUAACAGCAGCAGCAGCAGCAGGAGGAGGAGAAGAAGGAAAGUUUGUAUGGGUGGUGACGGAGAACGAGAAAUUCUUUGAAGGAGAAGAUGAGACAUUAAAGGAUCAUGAGACAAGAGCUAAACGUUUUCUUAUUUCUUUCUUACAACAAAUAUUAUUUGAACAAUUUAAUACAAUAAACGAAGAAGAAGACAUAAAUAUGCUUCGUAGUCAGCAUAUGAUUAUACCAUCAAAGAAACAUAAAGGUCUAGAGGAAAGAAUACCUUUAUCUCCUGCUAUGGAUAUUGCUAUUCGUUUCCGGCAAAAGAGAAGAAAUGUUCUAAUAAAAGCUAUUAAUAAGAUAAAAGAAUCGUUAAAUAGCAAGAAAGAGGAGAAAAAACCAUAA